AAAGCGGGAAGGAAUAUCAUUUGGUUCCAGAGAAGUCGCGCACAGCUUGGAAUCGAAUCAGCUUCCUUCCUCGCUUCCUUCUGCUUCACUGAACUGAACUGAAGACACUUGUGCGGGCUUGAGAAUGGCGGGGAACGACUGGGUGAACAGCUACUUAGAGGCCAUUCUGGACGUGGAUCGAAGCCUCGGUGAUGGCAAAUCAUCCCUUCUCCUGCGGGAGAGAGGCCGCUUCAGUCCCACUCGCUACUUCGUCGAGGAGGUCAUCACCGGCUUCGAUGAGACUGACCUCCACCGCUCCUGGAUCCGCGCUGCGGCUACGAGGAGCCCACAGGAGAGGAAUACAAGAUUGGAGAACUUGUGCUGGCGAAUUUGGAACUUGGCCCGCAAGAAAAAACAGCUUGAGGGAGAGGAAUCUCGUCGCAGUGCACAACGCCAACGUGAACAUGAAAAAGGCCGUAGAGAGGCGACUGCUGACAUGUCUGAGGACACAUCGGAAGGAGAGAAGGGAGAUAUGUUUCUUGAUGUUUCAACUCAUAGCAGUAGUACAGAUGCAAGGAUGCAUAGGAACAGUUCCAUGGGCAUUGUGGAAGACUGGUCCAGUCAAUACAAGGAACACAAGCUUUACAUUGUCCUAAUUAGUCUUCACGGCUUGAUACGUGGAGAGAACAUGGAGCUUGGUCGUGAUUCUGAUACGGGCGGUCAGGUGAAGUAUGUAGUAGAACUAGCGAGAGCAUUGGGUGCAAUGCUAGGAGUUUAUCGGGUCGACUUGCUGACAAGACAAGUAUCAGCUCCUGAUGUCGAUUGGAGCUAUGGUGAACCCACCGAGAUGUUGAACACGGGAAAGAAUGAGUGUUCGAUGCAGGAACAUGGGGAAAGCUGUGGCGCUUACAUUAUCCGUAUACCAUUUGGACCCAAAGACAAAUAUAUCCCAAAGGAACUUCUCUGGCCUCACAUUCCUGAAUUCGUUGAUGGGGCCCUCUGUCAUAUCAUUCAGAUGUCUAAAGUAUUGGGCAAGCAAAUCGGUGGAGGUCAACCAGUUUGGCCUAUUGCUGUGCACGGGCACUAUGCUGAUGCAGGAGAUGCUGCUGCUCUUAUCUCAGGAGUUCUCAAUGUACCUAUGCUUUUUACUGGACACUCUCUGGGCCGGGACAAGCUCGAGCAAUUGUUGAAGCAGGGGAGGAUGUCCAGAGAUGAAAUUAACACAACAUAUAAGAUAAUGAGGCGUAUUGAGGCGGAAGAGCUCUGUCUUGAUGUUUCUGAGAUUGUAAUAACUAGCACGAAGCAGGAGAUAGAAGAGCAGUGGCGCCUCUAUAAUGGGUUUGACCUGGUAUUGGAGCGGAAACUACGAGCUAGAAUUAGGAGAGGAGUUAGCUGUCACGGGAGAUAUAUGCCACGCAUGGUGGUGAUUCCUCCUGGAAUGGAAUUUCAUCACAUUGCUGGCCAUGACAGUGAUGGAGAACUGGAAAGGAGCCAAGAUAAUCAUCAAAAUCCACCGAUUUGGUCUGAGAUAAUGAGGUUCUUUUCCAAUCCAUGCAAGCCGAUGAUACUCGCCCUUGCUAGACCAGACCCAAAGAAGAAUCUGACAAUGCUAGUCAAAGCUUUUGGAGAGUGCCGGCCCCUACAGGAGCUUGCUAAUCUUACGCUGAUUAUGGGGAACCGAGAUGAUAUCGACGAAAUGUCCGGCACAAGUGCAGCAGUCCUACUUUCAAUCCUGAAGCUGAUAGAUAAAUAUGAUCUCUAUGGUCAAGUUGCAUAUCCGAAACACCACAAACAAUCUGAUGUUCCCGAGAUCUACCGUUUGGCAGCGAAAACAAAGGGAGUCUUCAUCAAUCCUGCUUUCAUAGAGCCAUUUGGCCUCACAUUGAUUGAGGCAGCUGCUCAUGGCUUACCAAUAGUUGCUACGAAAAAUGGAGGACCAGUCGAUAUUCACCGGGUUCUUGACAAUGGGCUACUUGUUGAUCCCCAUGAUCAGCAGUCCAUUGCUAAUGCGCUUCUAAAGCUGGUGUCAGAUAAGCAGUUGUGGCUGAGAUGUAGGCAGAACGGACUCAAAAAUAUUCACCGUUUCUCAUGGCCCGAACAUUGCAAGACGUAUUUAUCCCGAAUAAUUAGUUGCAAACCGAGACAGCCCCAAUGGAAAAGGAGUGGUGAUAAAGUAGAAAACUCGGAAGCUUUUUCACCAAGUGAAUCAUUGAGGGAUAUACAGGACUUGUCACUGUCCCCGAAGCUUUCACUGGAUGGGGAGAAAAUUGAUGGGGGUGGACCGCUUGAUACCUUGGGUCCUGAAGAAAAAGCUGCCACUGGUAAGAGUAAUGUAGAGAAUGCUGUGCUGACAUUAUCAAAGGGUAUUCUUGGAGUCAGUGAGAAACAUGUCCACAGUGUAAGCACCAGUGAAUUCCCGAAAUUUAAGAGGAAGAAAAGAGUAUUCGUGGUUGCUGUCGAUUGUUGUUCAGUUUCUGAAACUCUUGAAGUCAUCAGGAAUGUAAUGAAGUCAGGUGGAAAGGAUUCAAAGGACAGUGCAGUUGGGUUCAUACUGUCAAUGGCUUUGAAGAUUUCCGAGAUACAGUCUCUCUUAAGUUCUGGAGGAAUGAGUAUUUCGGAUUUUGAUGCUUUUAUUUAUAACAGCGGGGGUGCGCUCUGUUACCCAUCAGAGGGUUCGGAGGAUGGCCUUCCUGGGCUGCCGGUUGUUGUUGACAUGGAUUAUCAGGGUCAUAUAGAAUACCGCUGGGGUGGGGAAAGCCUACGUAAAACUUUGUUUCGUUGGGCAGCUUCAGUGAACGAUAAGAGCGAAGGAAAGAUUCUAGUUGCAGAAGAUGACUCCACAUCAGCUCCCCAUUGCAUUUCAUUUACAGUCAAUGAUCCAGAGCAUAUCCCUUCAGUCAAGGAACUUAGGAAGUUGAUGAGGACUCAAGCGCUGCGCUGCCAUGUCAUGUACUGUCAAAGCGGUAGCAGGUUAAACGUUAUCCCAGUCUUGGCAUCUCGAUUUCAGGCCCUAAGGUAUCUCCGUGUGCGCUGGGGAGUAGAUUUGGCAAACUUCGUGGUCUUUGUUGGGGAGAACGGAGACACGGACUACGAGGGAUUGAUUGGUGGGGCCCACAAAACCGUGAUACUGAAAGGAGUGGGGAGCAGGUCCACGAAGUUCCAGUCAGGGAGGAGCUAUCCGCUCGAACACGUCGUGCCAUUUGACAGCCCAAACGUUGCUCAGUCCAAGGGAUCUGAUGUUGAAAGCAUUGUUGAAGCAUUAGCAACAGUCGGGCUCGAUAAGAGCUAAAUAACAUUAGAAUCAUCCAUUUUCUGGUCUUUUUUUGGUUUUUGAUAGAAGCAGCAGCUAAGCAAUAAUCUUACUGGAGGAAGAGGUACCCGUUUCAUAUAUCAUGUCAUUUUUGGUAUUCCCUUCUGUUGAAUGAAAAGACAAAUACGUAUUUGCAAAUUUAUGCCUCACAAAGACAA